AUGGUAGCAAACGGUAUUCUUAAUAUUAACAAAGAACCGACAACACGUUGGGAUUGUCCUGAUGUGGAUCAAGAAACGAUUAAGAUGAUUCUCGGUGAACGAUUACGUUUUCCGUAUGCAAGCAACGUGGUUACACCAAAUCGAAUAAUGAAAAGCGCAAUGAGUGAACAG